AUGUGUGCCUAUAAAUUAAGAUGGAGAAAAUGCCUCCAACUUAUGGUGGCUGGUGUAGAAAGGAGCAUGUUGUGUACCAAGGACGACAGCACGCGUGCCGGUUGUUCACCUCGCACCAAGAAUGCGCGGGAUCGUGGUCCAAUGCGGUAUGAGAGGAUCGACCCACCAGUUCAACAAACACAGUUUCAAAUGGAUAACAAGAAAAACUUACCGGCAACACAACAACCGAUGACCCAGCAGCAUAUAAUGGCCCACCAUGUCCACCCAGACCAAAUAUACACACAGCAACAAAUGUCUAAUCACGUCACCUCCAAUCAGCCGAUACAGAACCAACCCAACGGCAUCUUGCAUCAGCAGCAACUCAUUCAAAAUCAAUAUCACGCGAACAUGACUGCAAGAUCGCCGCUUCUAGAAAAUAGACACGAAAUAUAUGGCACCAGUCAUAACCACGAAUACGCAAGACAUUAUGGGACAAAUGACAAUUACAAUUACCAGCAUCAACAGUCACCGGUGUCUGAACGAACUGAACAAAUCGUUCACACUGACCACAACGUCAAUCAUGAUAUAGUUCAUAAUAUUCCUAAAGGAUACAACGCGGAAGUUUACCAAGACUACUUGAAACGCAACCCACCGAAAGAUACCAACCAAAUAUAUCAAAAUCACCAACCUACGUAUAGACCUAAUAUGAACCAAUACGGUUCCAAACCUUAUUUACCGUAUUCAAAUAGAAUAGGACCACAGAGUAAUACAGAGCUUUUAAGGAAGCAAUACAAUGAAAUUCAACAGUUGAAGAUGCAACAACAGCUGCACUAUCAGAAUCAAGCACAAAUGCACCAACAGCAGAAGUUCGCGGAACGGCAACUUCUACUACAGCAAAUACACGGUGUGCAACCACCACCCAACUUACAGAACAGUAUAUAUUCCGAUAGUUCAUACAGAGAUUUGGAUAGAUAUGGAAGUAGAAAUGACUUCAAAGAGUAUCAAGGAGAUAUCCAUAAAGACAUAGAUAAGUAUGCCAAGAAUAAUGAAUACAGAGAAAUGGAAAAGCAGAAUAAACAGUUCCAAGAAGUCCAAUGGCAGAGUAACCAAGAAGCCGUUUAUCGAGAGAGUGAAAGGUAUCGGAGUCCGCAGGAAGAGAAGACCAAGCAGAGAUCGCCGCCAUCAGAUUUCAACAAUCAAAUGAAGAAGAAUAACUCUGGUACUAUUUCGCCUAUGAAAUCUAGCGAGUCGAGUACACCGAGCGUAAAAUCGCCGUCUUCUGAAAGUCGACGGAGUAGCAGCGGUCAGGCUUUGCGGUCGCCCACAGCCCAGAGGAUUCCAUCCGCACCCGUUACCAUGGCGGGAAUGCUGUAUAAACAGGGAUCUGAUGGUCUUAAAGUGUGGCGGAAGAGGUGGUUCGUACUGUCGGAAUACUGUUUGUUUUACUAUAAAAGUCAAGACGAAGAAAAACUAUUGGGAUCAGUUCUUUUACCAUCUUAUAAGGUAUCAGCUUGUACGAGUGAAGAUAAGGUAAUGAGGAAGUUUGCCUUUAAAUUAGAACACGCAAAUAUGCGGACUUACGUGUUAGCAGCGAUUGACCAGGAAUCCAUGAUGAAAUGGGUGAAGGCACUUACGAUGGCAGCACUGAUGCAAAAUUACACCGAACACCAACGUAGACAAAAUGAGCGGACUGCAAAACCAGAGGACGAUGACGAAAUUCCCGGGCCUACUUAUGCGAACGCACCACCAAAACCGCGCCGUUCAAACGAUGGGUAUAAUUCGCCAGGGUCAGAUAUAUAUGAUCCUAACUACGAUCUCUUAAUAAAACCAGAAUCACAGUACAAUAAAAGUGUCAAUACAUAUCAAGAUCAAACAACUUAUGGUACUAAACCAAAUCAAGAAGGCUACGUUCGCAGUCCUCAAUCUCCACCAACUCAAUCUCUCUAUCAAACGAAACGAGAAAAUGAAAUACAUAAUGCGCCAACGACAUCCAGUCAUCCAGAGAGAGUAGAGAGGAGUCAAGAUCUCAUGUCCUAUAAAUACAACCCACAACCUCCACCUUUCGAAGCCAGACGUGGACAACAGCCUGAUCAAAGUGCUUAUAUCCAAUCGCAAAAUAACCCCUUUCUGCAGAAUUACCUUGGACCAGAUACUCGUUCACAUGUAUCUGAAAUGCUGAACAAUACUACUUCUGAUACAAAAUCAGACAAAAGUUAUACAGAAAAUGCCGGAGACUCUAGGUUGAACACAAAACACCACGACACAAAUGCUUAUAGUAGAGAUGUCUAUGGUGAACUAAAUAGUAUUAAAUCUGGCCAUACCAAUAGUGGUGUUAAUGAUAGAAUAAUGGAAAGAAGAACACCAGAUGCCUACGGUCGUUCCACAACUAUGUCUAGCUAUAAAACUAAAGCCGGAGAUUAUGAGGACGUGUAUUCGGCUUAUUCCAAUGAAAAUCCUGCCAAAUCGCCCAAUUUGUCAAUACAACGCGAUAACAUAAGUUUAUCAAGUCAAAAACACAUCCAAAAACAAAAUCAACCCCAAGAUAAGGUCUUUAGCGGACCGUCAGUUUUGCGCAGAAAGAAAAUGCAAGCAAGCGGAAUUCAACCUCCCAUGCCCCGACCGCACAGUGCAGAUUUCCUAGAAUACGAAUCUAAAAAUGAAUCAUUGAAUAAGACAAUGCCGGCGCGGACUAACUCUGAACUUCACAGACAUCCACAAAGACCUAAGUCGAGCCUCGACAUAAAUUCGUACUACGAUCCCAGCUCCGAUACAUAUUAUUCAGAAGAGAGAUACGCAGAGAAAAUGAGACAAUCGGCGCAAUAUUUACAGCAACAAGGAAUGGGAACUUCAAAGAAUAUACACAUCCCUUUAGCGAAAUAUGCGAGCGGCCUAGUCGAAAAACAAUUACAUUCGCCUUACGCCCAUUCUGUUAAUAACAAUUAUGAAACUGAAUUUGGCGUUAAACAUAAUCGGGAUAACGUUAGCUACACCUCAAAAUACAGUGAUCUUGAAGGCUUGAAUUCUAACUGGAUGUUAAAGGAGAAAGAUCUGGAGAAUCAAAAAGAUUAUUUAAAUAGGAGCGGAAGUGUUAUGAGCGAUGGCUCAAAUGUAAGUUUCAUGAAGGAAGUUAGUAAACUUGAUGUUAACGCUGAUGGUUUUAUCAGAUCAGCAAGUGCAAGGUUGCCUUCGACAGAACGUGACGGUGAGAAGAAAGUUCAACAGCGUGAAGAGUCAAUGAAAAGACUUUUGGAGUGGAAGCAAAGAAUGUUACAAUCACCUUUGACCAGAAAAAGUACUCCCGCAACAAUUUCCUUAGCAAGGUCUUUGAAUCAAAGCCGUCAAUCAUUAAGAUCAGAUCAGUAUAAGCCAAAAGGAUACCCCAAUAAUACGUACAACAGCUACUCCUCUGAUGACGAAGAGGAAACCACUGGAACUGAUCUGCAAAACUCGAGCGAUAUGCAGGCAGGAAGGUCUUUUGUAGAGGGUGUUGGAAAUCCCUCAGUAUCAGAACCAAUAUCCCCAAACUUGCCUUGUACCAUGCACUUGACAGAUGAACCAAAUGUAACUAUUGAAACAUGUAAUACAGAAAACGCAUACGAAAAUAUUCACUUUCAAGAAUCGAAUACCGAAGUAACUGAAAAUUACAAUGAUGAACACAUAUAUGAAGAUCAUAUUCCUCAAUGCAAACCAGUUUCUGUAAAGCAAGAUGAAGACGAAGUAAAAAUGUGUGAUGGUUACGAAACUCAUGAUAGCGAAUCUGAAUCAGAGGUUCAAGUUGAAUACACCGACAAUGACUUAGAUGAAGUUUUACUUGAAUCGGACUGUGAAGAAAAUAUAACGACUUCAUCCAAUCCAUGUCCAACCAACACUAAUGAAAAAGAAUUUUUAAGCAGUAAGUCAGAAACCCCACCAAUCACUGUGUUAAAUGAAGACCAUUAUUUGCCAAUGAGUCCACGAAAAUCAUUACCAAUUGAACCGGUACAUAAAAUGAUAUUAGAAAAUUUAAGUGUCUUUGAUCAGUCAAUGCCCUUUAUGUAUGAAGAUAAUCCUUAUGUAGAAAUGAAUUUACCCGGCGAAGAAGACGACAUGCAGACUUAUGAAAUAGUAUGUGUUAAUAAUGGAAAAAUGGUAGAGCCGGUUUACAUGGAAUUAACAAAUGUUACAACAGAUGAUAAGAACAAAGAAGAUGCAAAUACAAAAGAAAGUUAUUCCUCGGAUACAGCUUCGAAUUUCGCAGACACUAAAGAUCCAACACUCAAAAGAGUAUCCAAAACAGAAAAAAAUAAAGAAAAAGUAGAAAGUUCAGACGCAGACGACGACUGUUUAAAAGAUUUAUCUUUAGAUGCUCCUUUCAGCAGGUUAAGUAUAUCGGACACAUUUAGACCUGCCUCAUAUUAUUUAAGUGGUAGUACGACGAUGUUAUUGAGACAAAAUAGUUCAGACAGUGAUAUUUUACCACCGCCGCCAAUCCCAGAUUCAUCUCCCCCGCGUGAACUCUCUGAUGAAGCUCUAUCCAGAUACAUUUUGGAUAAACUGGACAAGUCAGAUAUAUCGCAAGAUAAUUCAAUUCUAAAAAUGUUAACUAAUGAAAAGCAAAAUAUGAAUAAAAUGAAAAGAAAAGCAACAUCAUUAAUGAUCUAUGGGAGCCGAACUUCUAUUCACGAUACUCUUACGAGAGGUGAAAAAGUAAGACAUAAUAGAGCGAGCUUGACGAAUGACAGAAAUAAAAUAUAUGAAGAUGAUGAUACCGUUAACCUGUUAAAUAGGUCCUUAUUUGAUAUUAAGAAUAACUCGUCAGAUUGCAUAGAUUCCGACUCCUUUAGAAGUUGUAAUGUUGAAAGAGGUUCAGAAGAAGGCUCAAGACUGUCAUUAAAUUCUGAUGUGAGCAGCAAAUUCGAAACCACUCCAUCGAAUGUAUCAUCAGAAAUUACUAGUUUAAUAGAUGGCGAGUCUAUGUUGGAUUUGAAUCCUACAACUGAUUACAUUGAAAAUCAAAUAUCUAGUAACUGUCAGCCGUAUCCCACUUAUAACUUAUUAAUUGACGAAAAUGUUAGGGACAGUCCCAAUACAUUUAGAGAAACCAAUUCUAUCCUAGAUGGUGCAAAUUUUAAUGCACUUUGUUCACAUAAACGGUCUUCUAGUACACCUGUGAAUUGUGAAGCCAGUGUUAUAAGCAAUGGGAGAACAAAUCAUGCAAUGGAGCCAAAACGCCUCGCAGCGCAAUACCGAAGCAUUGUUGAUCAUGCUUCUGGAUAUAUUGGUUCUCAAAGUUCUUGCAGCUCUGUUGGAGUAUCCAACUCUCCAAUAUCUUUUUAUACAAAAAAUUGUAAAGGCGAAACUCUUUUGAGAAAAAACUUGAACAAAAAUACCGUUAGCGAUAAAAUAAAGGAAUUUGAGACGGAGAAGAUCAAUAUUAAAGAAAAAUUUACAAGUCCUACAACCACUGGGUUUCACAGUAGAGAAAGUUCAACGGAACAUAGUGCGCCUUAUUAUUAUUCAGAUCUCUCAUCUCAGGAACAAAUAAAUGUUUUGCCUACAUCUCACUUUUUGAAGAACACCAACGUACAUCGUAAAUUGAAUAAUCAAAGACGUAGAGGACUUUUACAUAAGAAGAAUGAAAUUUCGCAUAUUCAUAAUCCUAUUCAUAGCAAUAAUAAUAUUUUUACUUGCGAUAACUCUUUCGAGUUGGCAGCUGCUAGAAGCGUUUCUGUAGAAUUUCUUACCGCAACUGAAAAAGAUACAGACAUAGAUAUGAAGAAUAUAUAUGAGUCGACUAGUAACAAACGGUCAAAAAUACCAGAGUCUAUUAGUUUAAUAGCGGGUCUGGGAUGUAAACGAAAUACGACAUCAAAUGCACAAUCCGAAGAAAAGCUUUUAUCCGAAAAUACUGAUGUUCAAAAUCGCAACUUAAUAAAGGGAAGAGUUUCUAACGGCAGUAUGUCCUCACAUUGUAGUGAAAACUCUUCUAAUACUGUCUAUUACGACGCUGAGACUGAAGCCACCACUUAUGAGAAUGUGUGUCUUGGUGAAAAACAUUGGGAUGAAGACCAUUUGUGGAGAGACAAUCUUAGAAGAGUAUCGCAUAGGCAUGCGAGGUCAAUGGACGACUUAGAUACUGUGCCCGAAUCGUUUAAUUAUAAUAAUACAUCCAAUUUAAAUAGUAUUAAGCGCGUAAAGAAAACCGGUUUAAAUAAACUCAGUAGAAAUGUCACUUACGUAAAUUGUGAUGUACAAGCGGAAGUAAUGAGGCAUAAGGAGAAUUUGUUAAGCCGAGGUGUUGCAGAUGAAAACGACGUUUACGUUAGCCUUGCAAACGACGCUGAUGUGAGCACGGAUAGAGUACAAAUUGACGAAGGUGUUUAUGAACAGCUUUCUAUCGAAGCCGUCGAAAAUCCACCUGUUAGUGCGUAUCAUAAUAAUGUGAAUAGCAAUACUAAGAAAAAUAAAAAACAAUUUGAAAUAGAUAGAGAAACCUUGAGGCAAUGGGAUUUAAUGUCAAGUGGUUUAAUGAAAGAUGGUUCAAGGCGAGUGCGGGGAACGGUUUUGAGUGCGAACGUAAAUGAAGCUGCAUAUAGUUCGGAGAAUAGAAAUGCAAGCGACGAAGCUUCAAUGACCAUGUCAGGUACUAAUAUAGAAUCUAAUACAAAUAAUAAUCAAAUUAAUCAGCAAACAUUAUCAAAGAAAGCAUUCCUCGGAAGUAAUACAUCUAUUGGACGUAGUAAUAGAGAUGGGAAUAUACCAGUACGCGCAGUCAGCCCGAGAGUGAGAUGGGUGGAAGAUAAGACCAACGAGCAAUAUGGCUCACAACAACUGACCGCGUCACAGCAAAAUUUAAGCACGCCUCUUACUGAAGAUUCUUGGACUACAAUACGAUCUCCUUCGAGGAUCUCCCAACAGCCGGUCAGCGCUGUUAGUCCUAGAGUCAGGAGAAAUACAGAUAUGGACGAAAUGAAAAAGCUCCAGACUAGAGUUGGGGAAUUAAUCGAUAUACCGACAGCUGGUGAACUUUUGGGCAGGAGUCAUGAAGAACUCGUUCUACUUUUGAUACAAUUAAGAAGACGACACGCCGCCACGCACCGGUCAAUAGAACAAUGUUGCGUUCAAAUUAAUAGCAUAGAGGAAUGUCUCAGUUCAUUAAAAGCUAUGGAGCGGGAAGAAAGCUUGAGACGCUUAGAACAAUUAAAGAUGCAGUUGACGGAAUUGGAGCAGCACUACGCUAAGAGUAAACCACUGGUCCAGUUAGUGGAUAAUAUGGUAAAACUGGGAUCAUUGUAUAAUAAACCUGGAUCGACUAUUGAACGUCUGGAACGAAACCAGAGGUUACGGCAGAAAGUUCUAGCUGAACACGCGUUGGAGCAGCAGCGGUGGUUAGAAAGUGCAGCAGCAGGUAAAUCUUUGGAAACAGAAGCAGCUAGGGCACGAGUGGCUGAACUAUGGGCGUUAGAACAAGAAUUGGCUGACGAAGCUUCAAUAUUGCAGGGACUUAAAACGGACAAAGAUGCUAUAGAGUCGUUGCUUUCUGGUGUUCGUAGUAAGCUGGACUCUGUUAACAUGGAUGAUGUACCGCUUCCAGGUGGAGGCCUGGAAGCCGAAUUAGCUCGUGUUCAUGCAAUGUUGGCGCACAAUUCUAAGAAACUGGAGCAGACGGUGGCAGAAAACGCGCGGUUAGAACGUGAGUUGCAGCAGUUGCGUCGUGCGCUUCGCGCGCGUCGUGCGUCUGCGCCUCAACCACCAUAUCCAGCGCAACAAGCGAACCCCUCUCACCCCACAGCAAUGCUUGAAGACGAGGUAACACGUGUACAGCAGCUAGUAACGGCUUUGCAGCGGCAACGGCAAGAGCUGAGUCGCGCUGUGAGACAUCUGACGCAGCAGUCGCAUGUACUGCAGAACACCCACGACGCUAUGCCAGGCAAUCGACCCCCGACGUCGUAUUGGCAAGAAACUAAUCUGGACACUGGUCACACUAUUGACCAUAGUCGAGACUAUGAUUACGAGAGUCAGCUCCUUCCCUCAGGGCAUUACGGACAUAGCAGCGUGGAGCCACUGUACGUGGACACUAGAGGACCUGGUGACAUCACCUCACCCAUGAACAGCGAAGAUAUGCAGCAUUCGGCGUUCGGCAAUUUAUCGAACGUCGAGAAACAAGAGAUAAAAACGGUCCGUAUUGUGAAACGCGAGAGCGAGAGACGUCAAAGGGACAGGGAGCGUUCCCUCCAGCCCAUGUCGGAUUGGUCCACCAGUGUCACUGCGAACCUCGACCAAUUCCUCGAAGAAGAACUAGUCCAACCGAUAAACAACUAUCGCGCGUCGUCCGUCCCGAGAACGGACUACACCAAGUUCGAAGAUUACUACGCUAAGCAAAACAAAGAAACUCCAUUUCUCAAAUUUGAGAACAUGGAACUAAGCCCCAAGUACCCAUCGAGCCCGUCUUUGAACAACUACGACUAUUCCCGGGAUAUCUCAAAUUAUAAAAGCUACGACAGACCCGGAUACGACAGACUGUCUCUGUCAAACCAGUAUUUGAACAGCCCAACCGAGAGUGCUAGAACACUAACAAACGAUCCUGUUUCAAAGACCAGCAGUGUUAUGAGUUUGGCCAGAUCGAAUAUGGAGCUGUCUCCGAUAUUCAAAAGCGAAGCGGCGAAGGAAAUUAUAACGGAAAUGUCGCAUGCAUACUCAGAAGAAUGGGUCGUUACACCGACGUCAAGUGCCGAAGGAGAAGAGGAGGCACUAUACAGCACCCCACCAUUUGAGCGCUAA